AUGGAUUUCUUCGAUUUUGACAACCACUUGGCCGAGCAAGCGUCCUGUCAAACUUACCCCUCCAAUCAAGAAGCUAGCGCCAUGUUUCGCAUCGCUAAGCUCUUCCGCUACGUGGAGCUUUUUCUGGCUCUGGUUUUCGUCUCGUGGAGCUUCCCUCGGGUCCCUCUCGCUGUCAAAAUCUCCGGUGAGUACUUCUGGAAGCUCUCGGGCUUCGUCGCCAGCCCUCUCUUCGUUUUCAUGCUAUGCAAUGUCAUCAUUGUCAUUCUUAUCACCAAGUCCGGCCGGUUCCCCGGCCAUAACCAGACCGGCGACAAUGCAGACACCGAACUCUACGAAAAAUUCAUAAAAAACAGCGAUGAUUCUACGAAGCCGGAGUCCGAAACCGAUCCCCCGGCUCACGCGCCGGAGGUAAUCGAGUUCCAUGACAAGCAGAUUAUCUGUGAGGUGAACAGAACUGCUAGUGAAGAUGACUCUCAAACGUACUCUGAAACGGGCAUGGAUCUAAUGCAUCCGAAAGCGUGCCGGAGGACUCAGUCGGAGAAGCUCAAUGGAGAGGAUUCGGAGAAGUAUACAGGAAAGCUCCGGCGAACGGAGACGGAGAAGUGCCUGACAGAUGUGAACUCCGAAGAGAAUAGGCCGGAGAAUCCAUGCCCGGAGGAUGAGAUGAGCAACGAGGACUUCCAGCGCACCAUAGAGGCCUUUAUUGCUAAGCAGUGGAAGUUCCGUCGCCAAGAGUCACUUCCCAUCGUUGUUCACAACCAGAUCGGCGUCCCCGUAGGCAAUUAG